CAGACAGUCAGUCAGUCAUUCAGUCACAUUCAGACCAGUUGUACACUAUCGGCAUAAAGCACGUUGUUGCGUAAGUGGAAUGUUCAAAUUUAGAGGCUUUUAGGACCUUAUUAAUGGUAGCUUGUUAAAAAGUCGUUUUAAAAUUUGCUGACGCGCGAACUCGGCGUGUUCCAUCAGAGUGUUAAAAAACUAAUUAGCGCCAGUCACUCGCUCCACGUGCUGAAUCACGUGCGACGAGCGUGCGUGGAAAUCCGUCGACGUCACGAAGCUGGACUUUAACCUUCUCUAAGCAUCAAACACGCGUGCAGCAACCAAAGUGACAUAACUAACCUAUGCUGGUGGUGGGAUAGAUUAUGUUUCAGCAUGUUAUGCUCACUACAACAUAAAAGAGAUGCUGUGUAUAAAUGAAAGGCGGUGGAAUAGAAGCAUACAAGGGAAGCGUUUGUUAUUUUUGCCUAGGGGAGACUGAUUAGGAAACAUCAAAUAAUGUGAUUUUUCCUGGCGAAAUUACAGCUGCUGACCCUAAGUGCAGCAUGGUUGUAUGCGUCUAAGCAUCGAAGGGUGCAUAACGUUGUGGACUAAAACGAAAGCGUUCUAUAUCAAAACAAGUGAAAUUACGAGGUGUUUGACUGUGCUUCAGCUGCACAAGCUCGAAGGUGUUUCCUGGGUUUUAAAAGUGAGAAUUUCUGUAAUCCAAAGUCGCGAAUCGCGUUGAGGUGGCCUCGCAGUUAUAAUGACCUGUCGAUGGCGAGCGAAAAGGUCACUUUUUUAAAUAUUGUUUUCGAGUACUGAUAGUAACAAGUGAUAGUCCAGCAUCCAUCGUUCCGUGUGUUAUACCUCUGGGAGGCGAACCGGCUAGACAUCUGCUCAGUUUGAAGUGCAACGCGAUCAAACAAUGUUCUACAAACGUGAUUUUACUGUGGAAAGUUAUCAAAGUGCAAUAUAACAUAAGUUUAUUGAAAGUGAUCAUCGAUAUUAAAUAACAUUGCCAACAAUGACGAAAUCGAACCAAUACGAUAUACUGCAAAUAGUGCCGAAGAGACAAAUCUUCAAAAUCUAUCUCCGAUGUCUUGUGGCAAACUUAAUACUGCUAAUAAAAUGGUUGUUCGAGAGUGUAAAAAAUCGCGUUAAUCAAACAACAAUCAUCAGAAGAGCCAUCGAGCAGACCGAAUUUCCCAACCGACAACCCAACUUUAUGACCGAAACUAAGAUGGGGCGGCACUCGUACGUGAAAUUGGAGAACACGAAAUUGCAUUACGUCGAAGCUGGCAAUCGGAGUAAUUCAACCUUACUUCUCUUGCAUGGUUUCCCUGAUUGUUGGCUAGGGUGGCGAUACCAGAUUUCCGAAUUAUCCCAGUACUUCCACGUUGUUGCGCUUGAUUUAAAAGGAUUCAACGAUUCCGAUAAACCGAUGCUGCGUUUCGAGUACACACCGAAAAAAGUGUGUGAAGACUUGCGCAAGUUCUUAAUUGCCAUCAGCGCUAAAAGCGUCUCGAUAGUCGGUCAUGAUUUGGGCGCUAUAAUUGGGUGGCUUUUUGCGCACACCAAUCCGGAAAUGGUGGAUAAAUUCAUCAGCGUGGCGACGCCUCAUCCGAAUUUGCUCUGGGACAACCUGCCGAAAAAUUCUCCGUUCAACCGGAGGUGGUUGGAAUUUAUUCAGCUUCCAUACUUGCCUGAAAUGGAAAUGAAACAUAAUGCAGAGCGCAUGUUAAAGAAGUGUUACCCACAUAUUUUAAAGGAGAAAAUGUACAUGACUGGUUCUAACGGAUCUGUGAUCAACAAUCUCAUGGAAGCGUACAAAUAUAUAUUCAGCCAAACCGAUGACUGGAGAGGUCCCCUAAAUUACUAUCGAAAUUUUCUGUUCUUUCGUGUGAAAGAAGGAGAAACAGUGCAAUGUCCAUGCCUGAUAAUUACCGGUAAUGACGAUCGGUUUUAUAAGCUGGAAUCUGUCGUAAAGAGUUCAGAUUUUUGCGAGAAUUUCAUCAUUAAAGUCAUCGAACAGUCUGGCCAUGCACCACACCAAGAAAUGUCGACAGAAUUCAAUAGUUUGCUGUUGAAAUUUUUGUUGGGAAAACGAAUGCUGGUGCGAUCACCAGAAAAUGCUGCCACCACUCCAACGAGAGGAAUCGUUGGAAGAGUCUUCGGCGGGAUUGGGGCCGUUGCCAACAACACAGUGAAGUUGGGGAAUAACAUCAAAGAUGGUUACACAUUUGCCAGUGCGCUCAACAACGUGCCCAAUUUCAUUGUCAAAAGCUAACAUUUUUCAUCAUCGGCAGCUCAGUUCAGUUUUCUCAUUAUUCUGUGUUUGAGCAGAUUUAGGGUACGUUAUCCAUUAGUGGACCCCUUUCCUAUAGUGGACCCUCUGAAGGGUUUUUAAUGGAAAAUUCAAUAAAAUCACAAUUUCAAGCGUG